AUGUGGAAAUUAUCCCUCAAAAGCGGUGCUAGUUUAGCAAAAAAUGCCAAACUAAUUUGUGCUUCAUACGCGGUCGACUCUAGAACAACUUCUAGUACCGCUACUGCGGAAAAGGAAACUCCAUUGAUCGAAUUGGAUCCUAUUGCUACUUCACCAGUUGCCCAAUCAACUGACAACCUAGUGGUAUCGAAAAUGCCUAGAUCCUCCAAAGCCUUAGAAGUGGUCGCCUCAAAAGCCCCAGAGCGAUCGUCGCCCUUCGGAAACAUCCCAGGACCGCACAGCCUCAGAUUAAUCUCUCUAUUUUGGAGCCACGUCCCGCUUUUGAGCACUGAAUUUACUGGAGGGGCCUUGUUUCAAGUCAUGAACUUAGGUAAAUUUUUCGGAAAUCUUCUGAGUUGGGGCGGCAAUGCCAAAUUUUUCCAAAAAUUCUUUGAUGUUUAUGGUCCUGUGGUGCGUCUUCACGGGCCUUUUGGUGGCGACGUUGUACUACUAUCGAGACCGGAACAUGCCAGCCUGGUUUUCCAGAACGAAGGCACUCAACCUGUGAGAGCUUGUCUGGAUUCAGUAGAUAAAUAUCGUCUGCAACACCGCAGACUGAGUCAUGCUGGACCAUUCUUAAUGACUGGUCCGGAAUGGGAAAAGAUGCAUCACUCGUUGGAAAAACCUUUACGAAUGUCCCCAACGCAGCAUUUCGCAACGAUUGAUUCAAUAAGCGAUCAAUUUGUGGAAAGAAUCUCGUCCAUACGUAAUUUGCAAGAUGAAGUGCCCAAGUCGUUUAAAAAUGAAAUUUUAAAAUGGUGCUUGGAAUGUACCCUUGCGGUGGCAUUGAAAAGGAAAUUGGGUUUUGUUGAUCCGACUGGACUGAGCCAUACUUCAGAUCCUGGCCGUAUUUUAGAAGGAGUGAACGGCGCCAUUGAGGCAAUUAGAAAAUGCGAAUACGGUUUUCAUGUUUGGAAAUUUAUGUCUACGCCUGCUUGGAGCUCUUUAGUCAAACACUGCGACACUAUCGACUCGGUACUAAGUAAAUACGUGGAACGUGCUCAAACUGGCCUAAGAGAAAAAAAGGAUUUGAAAUCAACUCAGGAUUUGUCUCUUAUCGAAAAUCUACUGCUCCAAGAUGACAUUUUAGUUGAAGAUGUUAUGACUUUAAUGCUUGAUAUGCUUUUAAUUGGAGCUAACGCCACCACUCAUAGCGUAGCGUUUUUACUUUACCAUCUUGCCACAGCGCCUAGGUGUCAAAACCUUCUCUACAAAGAAAUCAUGUCGCAACCAAAUGAAUUAACAGCGGAAACCAUGAAAAACAUGCCAUACUUGCAAGCUUGCAUGAAAGAGAGCAUGAGAUUGAGCCCUCCAAUACCAAUCCUCAACAGGAUUUUAGCUAAAGAUGCUGUGAUUCACAGAUAUUUAAUACCCAAAGGUACUUAUGUGCUUAUUGCGGUGCACUUGGCCAGUUUGAGAGAGGAAUACUUUGAGGACGCUAAAAAAUUCAAACCGGAACGUUGGUUCGCGGGAGCGGUCACCCCUCUGGCUCAGAAUUUGCAAAAUUUCGCUUCGAUGCCCUUCGGACACGGACCGAAAUCUUGUCAGGCCAGAGAACUAGCGGAAUUGCAAAUUGGACUGGUCAUUUCUAAGGUGUUGAAGAGGUUCGUUGUGGAAUAUAAUUACGGGACGAUUGAGAGUUCCAAUGCGCUUUUGGCCGCUCCGGCUAAACCUUUGAAUUUCAGAUUUGUUGAUCGUGUUGCAUAA